AGAGAUGGUAUUUAGUAUGUCCCCUGGGAGGUUUGCAGGCUCCCAUCGAGGGACCAGAGGUGCAGAGUCCAGAGUUCUGGCUGGGGAUGCCAGAUCGUCCUGUUUGCCUGAGAGAGGAGGUCCUGUCUCAGGGGGAUCGGCCACGGGGCUUCCGUGGAAAGCCUGAAUAGCUCUGUGGACCAGAUUUGGCUCCUCCAGAGCGGGGCCACUAGGAGGACUCUGUGCUUGUCUUCCCUGACUCGUCUGAUGACCUGAGGGAUCAGAGCGAUCGGGGGAAAAGCGUAAAGGAGGGUGCAGGGCCAGUCGUGGGCCAGAGCAUCUUCCUCCUUCGAGAAAUAAAUUGGGCAGUGAGAGUUGUCUUCUGAGGCGAAGAGGUCUAUCUCUGCCCUCCCGAAGAACUCCCAGAUCGUGAGAACCGUCUGGGGGUGGAGCAUCCACUCGUCUGAGGGGACGUUGCUCCGAGAUAGCAUAUCUGCUCCCAAGUUUGUUUUCCCGGGUAUGUGAGUCGCUUUGAGCGACUGUAACCUCGGAAAUGCCCACUCCAGAAGACGUUUCACCAGUGCGCAUAAGCGGCUGGACGAAAGGCCGCCCUGGUGAUUUAUAUAUGACACCACUGUCAUGCUGUCCGACUGGACUAGGACGUGGCGUCCCGUCAGGUGUGCCUGAAAUGCCUGAAGGGCUCGGAUCACUGCCAACAUCUCAAGGCAGUUGAUGUGCAGAUGGCUUUCCUCACGAGACCACGAGCCGAAGGCUGGUCUGCCCUCGCAAAGAGCGCCCCAGCCUGUGUUGGACGCAUCUGUCGAGAGCACCGUCCUUCUGGACACCGCCUGUAGGGGUACUCCAAGACUGAACCAUACAGGGUUCAUCCAGGGUUUCAGAGCUGUCAAACAGGCCUGAUUGACCCUGAGACGCAGGCGGCCGUGCCACCAGGCGUGAGGAGGGACCCGAAACUUCAACCAGUAUUGCAGAGGCCGCAUCCGGAGAAGGCCGAGCUGCAGAACCGAGAAGGCGGAAGCCAUCAGCCCUAGCAUCCUCUGGAAGAACUUCAGAGGGAGGUAGGCUCUGUUCCUGACUGAAGCCGCGAGCUGCUGAAUGGCCAGGGCGCGCUCUGGCGAGACUACCGCCGUCAUACGGACUGAGUCGAAAACUGCACCCAGGAACGUGAUAUGUUGGCUGGGAAGCAGCGAGCUCUUGGCAAAGUUGACCCUGAGUCCUAGGCACUCCAAGUGGCUGAGGAACACGGAUCUGUGGAGUUCUAGCUCGGCUCGCGACUGGGCCAGAAUGAGCCAGUCGUCGAGAUAAUUCAGAACACGGCUUCCCAUCUGUCUCAGUGGGGAAAGCGCCGCGUUUAUGCACUUGGUAAAAGUGCGAGGAGCUAGGGACAGCCCGAAGGGAAGGACUGUAUAUUGGUAAGCCACGCCCUCGAAUGCAAAUCUCAAGAAUCGUCUGUGACGGGGGGCUAUCUGGAUGUGAAAGUAAGCAUCUUUCAGGUCCAGCGAACAGAACCAGUUCCCGGGGCAAAUCUGCACAAGGAUCUGCUUCAGCGUUAACAUCUUGAACUUCCGUCUCAUGAGGGAGAGGUUCAAGACUCUGAGAUCUAAGAUGGGUCUGAGACCGCCAUCUUUCUUGGGAACCAGGAAAUAACGACUGUAGAACCCCGACACGCUCUCUGAGGGGGAGACUGUUUCUAUAGCUCCUUUCCUCAGUAGAGUCAUGACUUCGGCUCGGAGGACAUGAGCGUCGUCUGUGUUUACUGAAGUCUGAAGCACCCCGCUGAAGCGCGGGGGCCUUCGGGCGAACUGAAGCGAGUAGCCCCGACUUAUUGUUCCCAGGACCCAACUUGACACCCCGGGGAUGGCUUGCCAGGCCUCGGCCCGCGUGACAAGGGGUUGUAUGGCAUCGGAUGACGGACCGCCGGUCGGGGGCCCGUACACCGGAAAGAGUAGAAGAGGAAGUUUGCUCCUUCUUUGAGGAGGUAAAAAAUUUAUAGUGUUCGCCAUGAGAACGGCGUUUUGCAUGGACUCAACAUUUGUGGGCCCAGUUAGCGCAACACUGAACAUAUCUCCCACGCCCGGAACUAAACGGGGCGGAGAGGAGACUGAACGAAGGAGCUUUUGGGGUGGUCCGACCUCGGCGAGACUUAGCUCCAUCCUCUUCCUUCCUGGCAGAUCAGGAAGACUUCUUAGGCCGGGGUCCCUGACGUCUCGGGAAGGAGGAGCGCUUUGCGGGGCGUGGACGCUGGCGCUGUUCCUUGGGAGGUGCUGCCUGAGAGGUAGAGGGGGCAGUCUUGCUCUGCUGAGCCGGCGCAGGCCUGGGGCGGCUGGAAGCAGAAGCAGAGCUGGAGCGCUUGGGCAGGAAGUGUCGCAUGGCUUGGGACGACUUCUGUGCUGCGGUGAAGCGUUCCGUGAAGCCCUCUACCGCUGGCCCAAAGAGACCGGAAGGAGUUUCCUUAUCGACUAUUAUGAAAGGAGAUUAUUCCUCUGGCCACGAGAAAUAACUUCCUAUUCUAGCAUUAAAGUGUAAAGCAGUUUGCAAAAUUGGAACGUAAAAGUGAUUUGAUUUGCUGAAUGAGCAACAGAAGCAAUUGAGCAUGAAUAUAAUGUAUUUAAUAUAUGAAACUACGAACACAUACACUAUACGACUAAAUACACAAAGAAUACACAUAUAUACAGAAGCGAAAGUAAAGACAGGAAAAGAGAGAACACAAAGAGUAGCAAAACUUACAGACAGUUCCUUAAGAGCCAGCAAAGAAUCAGUAUCCCUUUGUUAGGUCGUGUAACUUAGCGCAUCUAAGAUAGAUAGAAGUGCUGAGUUUCAAAAAGAUACAUGUGAAGAUUCAGUGCAUCCGUGGCUGCAUUUCGUUGGCUUCUUCCGUCUCCGCAGGAAGUUUGAACUGAGAAUUUGAAAGUUUGUUUCGCCAAAGGUGGUCGUCCCGAAGAGGAGAGGAGCGCGUGAUGGGAGCGCAGUCGUCGAGACGUGCGUGAGAUGGCGAGAGACAAUCGAGAGACAAAGGAACAUGCGUGUGGUUGUCUUUUAAGGACAAACAAGCCAAAAUGCCUCCUUGGGUGAACAGCCAAUGUCUAGCGUGGACUUUGAGGAGGGAAAAGUUCUCUUUGUCUUGUCUUGCGGCUCAAUUUGCAUAAUUUAUGAUGGUUUCAGAAUUGGUAACUUUUACUCCAAAAGACCUAAUAGACUAAUGCGUGGUAUCGUAACAGAACAUAUAUAAUUAAUUAAAGCAUCCUGAAAGGAUUCAUUUAAGACUAAACAUGGCAGGGUGAAAAAGACAUAAAGACAGAGAUACAGUCUUACACUCGCAUAUAAAGGUUUGGGGGUACAACUCACACAAGUCGUAACUUGAAAUACAUGCUUAAAACUGAAAUACAUGCUUACAGGAUUACAUUUUUAUCAUAUUUUAAUGAAUGUGACUUAAAGAGAGUCCUGGUGUGUUCUUCUGUGUGUGUGUGUGCGUGUAUUGGAGUUUGACAACAUCUGGAAUGUGGCCACAUGGCUUGGUGUAAUUCGAUCUGAGUUGAUCGCGAUCGUUUUAAGUCACAAGGGAGAGAUUCGUGGGUGCCGGUGAUCCAUUCACACGGCCAUAAAAUGUGUCGAGUGGGCUGUUAAUGUCAGCCAGGCCGGAGCCAAUGUGAGAUUUACAAGCAAAGUUCAAGAAGUUAAACUUUAACGAAAUGUAUAGUUGACUUGCUAAUCUGAUCCACUGCAGACGCUACACCUGUUACUGCCGCAAAAUUAAGAUGAUUUAUUCAUCACUGUUGAAUUUUGCUCUUUAUCGAUUAACUAAUAUUGUUAGCAAUGUCUUAAUCUUUGCCAUUUACUGACUAUACAAAUUCAUUGCAACCCUACGUGCUGUAUGUAAAAAAGCGUGCAACCACAGACACCACCAUAUUUUUAAUGUGGGUUUUACAUCAGACAUAUUGUGCUUUGCAUGUUGUUGCUUUUGUAUUCUGGGAUUAUGAAAAAAAUGAAAAUAAUGUGGUGAAAAAAAAGUCUGUUGGUUUUAGUUUACCUAAACAAAUAAUUUUUGGAGUAUAUAGUUUUGUCUGAUAGUCCAUUUCAAUCCUCAAAGUGAUCAUGAACUGUGAGGUAAAAGCUUAAAUAUAUUUUAUAACAUUCUUUCUGUAAUCUGCCCUUUCAUUCUUCAACUGAUGGCUGUAGUUUUGAUUUCAAGACCACAGGUAAGGCAUAGUCAUGAAAUAUUAAUGCAAUAGCUUUGAGGUAAAGUUAUCAUUGUUUAGUGUUGUUGUAGCGAUUUACUAGUUUAUUAAAGUGUAUAUUGCUGUGUCUGAUAACACUAUCAUUACAGGCUGCUGGAUUCACAGCCAGUCCUCCACAGUUACGGCUCAUUAUCUGCUGUCUCAUUAUGCUGUCUCUACUAAUAAAAUCCACAGAGACCAUUAACUGCUCCGAACCUACUACAGAUGCUCUCAUAACAGCCCUGAAGGAGAACAUCUUUGGCAAAACUGAAAUAAGGCCAGUUAUUAACCUGAAAACUCCCACAAACAUCAGUGUGAGCUUCACUCUGUAUGGAAUUUUAGAUGUGGAUGAAAAAGCACAGAAACUUAACACAUUCCUCUGGUUGAAUUUGUACUGGAAUAUUGAAGGUUUGAGUUGGGAUCCUGUUGAAUGUGGGACAGACACAAUCUCACUGCCAAGAAAACAACUGUGGAGGCCUGAUAUUGUCAUUAAGGAAUUCAUUGAUGAAAAUAAAGUCCCAGACACAUAUUACCUCUACGUCGAAAAUACUGGUAAGGUAACAGACGAUAUUCCAUAUCAUGUGAUCAGUUCCUGUAACCUGGACAUCUACACCUUUCCAUUCGAUAUUCAGAACUGUUCAUUCACCUUUAAUUCAUAUCAGCACACCAUGCUGGAUGUUCAGUUGUCCAUUGCUAAACCGGUGGAGGAAUCAUUCAAAUAUUCUCUUGAAGUGAUGACAACUAAAGGAGAGUGGGAGCUGGUCGAAAUGCUUGCUGAAAAACCUACGAUACCUUCCCAGGAAAUGAAUAACUCACGGGACGCACUUACUUACUAUAUUGUCCUCAGGCGACGGGCAACGCUAUAUGUGGUGAACCUCCUGAUUCCCAGCUGUUUCCUCAUUGCUGUAGAUCUAUUCAGCUUUCUUCUACCACCUCAGAAUGUGGAUCGUUCUGCCUUCAAAAUGACCCUCAUCUUGGGUUACACUGUGUUCCUGCUGCUAAUGAAUGACCUGCUACCCGUCACAGGAAACACCUUACCUCUCAUAAAUGUGUUUUUUUUAAAAGUUAAACUUCUUUUAACUUGAGCGCUGCAUUUUUUGAGUGCCGUUCCUGCGCGAUAUGCUGUAAAAGAUGCAAGAUAUGCGCAACGGUCAAACACGUCUGUCUACUGCCUUUACAUAGAAAAGCAAUGGAAAACUAGCGCAGUGGAAUGGAAAAAACACAUUCUGUGUUGAUUGAAAUAGCCAACAACAUAACACUUGUAUUGUUUAUCACAUAGCUGAGACAUUCUUGUGUUUCCAUUUUAAUAAAUAUAUUCACAUACACUGAAUAUGUUGUUAUAACUGCACACUGUUUUAUAAAUGUACUACAAUACACUGAGGUGCAAACAGUAAGCUAUUUGCUACUAUUUGCACUAAGUAUAAAUAGCUAUCAACUAACAACUAUAUACACUUAGUGCAAAGAAAAUACUGCUAUUUUCACUUAGUGCAAAUAGCAUCUGCCAAUAGAUUGUUACAUUAUUGUUCUUUUGUCC